AAAUGUCCAAAAGAAUCUAAAAAAUCAACGAAUUUUUUUACUUUAUAUAAAAUUUUUUUUCAAUGAUUAUUACUUUUAGAAGUUUGCGGAAAAAACUAUAGACCCAAUAUCUAGCAUAAAUUAUAGCACACAUUACCUUGCAACGUAUUUUUUUAAUUCUCGAAUAGUUAUUGUAAAUACGUUGGUAUAAAUAUUUUAUUAGUAGUUAAAAUUUUAUUAUAUAAUAAAAGUGAAUGAUGUCGGAGGAACAGAAACUUGAUCAUCGUGCGAGAAAACGAAUAAGAGAAGUAAAGAAAAAAGCUCGACCAGAACUUGCUGACAAAGCAGCGUGGACACAACACGAGUAUGUAAAAAAAUUCAAUGAGUUUUGGAAUUUUAAGGACAACAUUGAUAGAAUAGAAGCUGAUAAAGUGACCGAAAAUGAAUUUAUUAAAUUGUAUGAAAAACCCUACAAACCUGUGAUAAUACAAGGUGUUCAAACUGGUUGGAAAGCCCAAUAUAAAUGGACAAUAGAGAGAUUAGCCAAAAAAUAUCGUAACCAAAAAUUUAAAUGUGGUGAAGAUAAUGAAGGUUAUAGUGUAAAGAUGAAAAUGAAAUACUAUGUGCAGUAUAUGCAAAAUAAUGAAGAUGAUUCGCCUUUAUACAUUUUUGAUAGUUCUUUUGGUGAACAUCCACGUAGGAAAAAAUUAUUAGAAGAUUAUAUGAUCCCGAAGUACUUCAGGGAUGACCUAUUCCAGCAUGCUGGAGAACACAGAAGACCACCUUAUCGUUGGUUUGUCAUGGGACCUGCAAGAUCUGGAACUGGUAUCCAUAUAGACCCACUCGGAACAAGUGCCUGGAACGCAUUAAUCUCCGGUCAUAAGCGAUGGUGUUUGUUCCCUACUCACACUCCAAGAGAAUUAUUAAAAGUUACUGGAGCAGAAGGAGGUAAACAAAGAGAUGAAGCAAUAACGUGGUUCUCAAUAAUUUAUCCACGUACAAAAUUGCCAUCAUGGCCACAAGAUUGUCUACCAAUCGAAGUUCUACAAAAUCCUGGAGAAACUGUUUUUGUACCUGGUGGAUGGUGGCAUGUCGUCUUAAAUCUUGAUGAGACGAUUGCUGUAACGCAGAAUUUUUGUUCGAGAACUAAUUUCCCAGUGGUUUGGCACAAAACCGUCAGAGGACGACCGAAAUUAUCACGUAAAUGGCUAAAAGUAUUAAGAGAUAAAGAAUCAGAACUGGCAUCAUUAGCAGAAACAAUAGAUGUAAAAGAAGACACGGGCGUAGCUAGUGAUUCAUCUAGUGGAUCAUCUAGUAGUUCAUCAAGUAGUUCAUCCAGUCAGUCUGAAGACAGUGAGGAAGAAGAUAGUGGACAAGAAUCUUUAUCAGCACACAAAAAGAAAAAAAGAAGAAAACUCAAUAACCAGCAACCCUGACAAUGCCAAGUACUGAAGGCCAAGGAAAUGGUUCGACUGUACAGUAUUAAAGAAAUAUUGUUUGUACUGAAAAUAAAUAUUAUAAUAACUACAAA